UCGAGGCCUUUCAUCGGCUCGGCCCACUUUCUUCUAUUCACAGUUCACUCCACGAACUGCUCACUAUGGAAACCCUAACGUUGAUGCAAAAUCAAGAAGACACACAUUUUGUUCAACACUCUUGAAAUCACUCAAAAAAAAUGUUGAACCGACCCAAAAAAAAAAAAAAAAAAAAAAAAACCUCGAUGCCAGCUUCUCAAAAGCAUCCAUGGAGGAUUCCGAUCAGCAAUCGACUCACUCCGGAGCAGUUAUUGGUUCAAACGAUGACCUUUUAACCGAGAUCCUUCUCCGGCUACCUGUCACCUCCAUCCUUCGCUUCAAAUCGGUAUCCACACACUGGCGUUUGCUUUUGAGUCACACACAUUUCACCCACAGGUAUGAUAAGAUUUCAAAAUCUCCUGGUAUAUUUGCUGGCAAUGUAUACGUCCCGUUUGAUGUUCAAAACAGAGGCACUCCCCCUUUUCGCAGUCUCGAUUUUUUCCCCGAUCCUCGUGGUAUCAGAAUUGUGCAAUCUUGUAAUGGAUUACUCCUUUGCUGUAGCGAACAAGGGAGCAUAGGUGCUCGUAAGUAUUAUGUAUUUAAUCCCACCACUAAACAAUUCGCAAUCAUCCCAUCGGUCCCGGGCGGUUAUAAAGUUCGUAACACCACCUGUUUUAUGGGUCUGGCAUUUCAUCAAACAGAUUGUCCUCACUACAAACUUGUUUGUAUUCGUCGGCUUCAGCCUGGUAUGCCUUUGUUCCAGUUUCAAAUCUACUCAUCUGAUACAGGGGAAUGGAAAAUUUGUGCCGUAACUUUAGAUACUCACUGGUCCUUCUUCAAAAAGGGAGUUUACUGGAAUGGAGCUAUUCACUGGGCUCCCUGGUAUCACAAUCACUUCUACUUUAAUAUCGAGGCUGAACAGGUGCAAACAUUGCCGUUGCCGGUGGAUAUGACGUCUUUUAAUACUAUGACAAUGUACUUUGGGGAAUCUAGAGGUCAUUUACAUUUAACAGUGGGUGUUGAUCCUAAGGGAACUAGCUUACACCAGAACGUGUAUGAGAUGUUGAGUGAUCAUUCGGGGUGGUUUGUCAAGUAUCAACUACAGCUCCAUGAACUUUGGGGUGCCUUUCCGGAGAUGGCCCGUUCGCCUUAUGAUUUUAAUGUUGUUGAUGUAGUUAGAGGUGAAAAGAAGAAGAUAUGUUCAUUGUGCUGAGAAUUUCCUGGAAGCUGAUAAGAUAUAAUGUUCAUGACAAGAGUUUUAGGCAGAUGUCUGAUGUCAUCGACUACGCCUUUAGAAAGGACCCGUUUGCCCAUCGUUAUAUUGAAACUUUAGCGUAUUUCUAGAAGAUAGUUUUAUGUUUUUGUAUAUUUUUCUUCAUUAAAAUGUGGCUUAACUGGAUCCUGAAUGUGGCUCAUGUUAGUUUGUGUUUGUGCAUGUAUGUUUUGCAAAGGCAUUAUGGAUUGAAUGUUAGAACUGGUAUCUAA